CGCCGGUGGAUCGCGAAGACAUGGCGUCCCGGAAUCAGCCAAACGGUCGGCCACCCUCGAACGUUCCUCUGAAGUCAAACAGCGCCCGGGCGUUUUCUUCCCAGCCAAAAUGGAAUCCCGCCGCGUUGCUCAAUCCACGAGGCUUCCAUUCAGGCCCACAGCAGAAUGUACAGAACGGUUUCUCGAACAACAAUCCUGCACAGAAACUCUCCUUCCAAUUCGAUAGUCCUGCGACAACACCGGAGCCAAGUUUCCAUGCUCAUCCCCCUCCCCAGCGCAACAAUGAGCAUAUCAGGCAGAAUGGCAUGAAUGGAAAUGGUUUUGCUGCCUAUGCAAACGGAAAUGGAAACAUGGGAGGCAUGGGACACAUGUUGGAGCGCAUGCACAAUGUCACCGAGCGGGAUAUGGUGCCUCAGAAACGAAGAAAGAUUGAAGAUCAGUCAAACGAUGCUCAGAGAAAGGCCGAAUUCAACGGUGGUGGCAAAGGCGGCGUCCUGGGGAACUACAUGAGAGAAAAGAAAGAGGAAGGCCAAAGAGAAGCCCGCGCAAAUGGAACUGUCCCCGUUGUUACGGCACUCGAUGACGACGACGAAGUCGAAGUUGUUCCGGAUGCUGGAGACAAAGAGGUUUGCUAUGGUCGAAUCGAAGGUGCAGAGAUCAGCGCUUUCAAGGUCCCUACACCAAAACCAGGAGCCACUGCCAUCUCAAAUGGAUACUUGCCUCAAGUAAAAAUCGUGUUGCGGAGACGUGUUGGAGAGAGAACAAAUACAAUCCAUGCGGUAGACAGUACUCGUGAGAUUAUUGGAUGUGUCGAUGUCAAUACCUCUAUUGGCCUCACACCUCUCCUUGACUCGAAGUUUGGGAUCCGGACAGCUGCUAGAAUCCUAACGAGACCAAAACGAGAUGGCGACCCUCUCCCAGGUGCGGAAAUAUCCAAGAGAUACGGCCUCGAUUUGAACAUUUAUGGCCCGAAAAAGUAUGCCCUCCAAAUUGGACGCCAUCUUUCUCAGAAGCAAUUAUGGCUGCGAACACCUCUUUUUGUCGAAGCCGGAGUUGAGCUUCACAACCCUCACGCCAUUCAAAAACCCCCUCAACCGCCCCCUCGAAGCACAGGCACCUCUUAUGGCUACCGUCAGCAAGGCCCCGUGCGUACUACAGAAGAGAUCAGAAACGAUGUAUUGAGCAUGUUCGACUCUCUGGAACGCUCGGAAAAUCUACAGGAAAUGGAUGCAGAUCCUCGAAUCACUACGGAACUUCUUCGCCAUCAGAAACAAGGCUUGUUUUUCAUGAUUAAUAAAGAAAAAGAGCGGGAUUUUACAAAGGUCGAUAAGAGCAACUGCUCGUUGUGGCAACCGAGGAUCUUGGCCAACGGACAAAGAUCGUUCUUCAAUGUAAUUACUGGUCAGGAAGAGCGCAUUAGCCCGCCACAAGUCCUUGGAGGCAUCCUCGCUGAUAUGAUGGGUCUUGGCAAGACAUUGAGUAUUCUGUCUUUGGUCGUUCAGACUCUGGACAAUGAUGCACAAGAGUGGGCGCAGCAAACUCCCGGCAUUUGUGAGAACGAGAGAGACUUGUGUCCCACGAAAAAAGGCAAGGCAGCAUUGCCAAAGAUCGAGGCAACUUGUCUUGUUCAGAACUGCAAGACAACCCUCCUUGUAUCGCCCCUCAGUACGAUUGCCAACUGGGAGGAGCAAAUCAAGCAACAUAUCAAGCCGGGAACUAUCAAGUAUUAUAUCUACCAUGGUGCAAACCGGGUUAAGGAUAUCAAGAAGUUGGCUGAGUACGAUUUGGUCAUCACUACAUAUGGAAGCGUGGCCAGCGAAUUCAACUACCGCAGCAAGAAGAAACAUGGGACUUAUCCCCUUGAGGAGAUCAACUGGUUCCGCAUUGUACUUGACGAGGCACAUAUGAUUCGAGAGCAGUCUACUCAGCAGUCUAAGGCAAUCUGUAGAUUGGCUGCGAAUCGCCGAUGGGCUGUUACUGGAACUCCAGUCCAGAAUCGUCUCGAAGAUUUGGGUGCACUAAUGACAUUCCUGCGUAUCAGGCCCUUCGACGAGAAAGGUGGAUUUGCACAACACAUCAUGGCUCCGUUCAAGAUGUGUGAUCCCGAGAUCUUGCCAAAACUUCGAUUGCUCGUUGAUAGUGUCACUCUUCGACGUCUUAAGGACCGCAUCGACCUCCCUCCUCGACGAGAUCAAUUGGUCAGGCUUGACUUCAGCUCAGAAGAGCGCACCAUCUACGAAAUAUUUGCCAAGAACGCCAGUGAUAGGGUCAAGGUCAUCGUUGGCCAGAGAGAAAAGAGUUUGGGUGGUAAAUCAUAUGUCCACAUCUUGCAAUCGAUUCUCCGUCUUCGUCUUAUCUGCGCUCAUGGCAGAGACUUACUUGGUGAAGAAGACUUGAAGGUCAUGGAAGGCCUCAGCAAGGAUUCGGCUAUCGAUUUGGAUAGUGACGAGGAGGAGGAUAGGCCUGGACUUACUUGUAAGCAGGCUUAUGAUAUGUACAACUUGAUGAAGGAGACCAAUGCCGACCUAUGUCUCACAUGUGGUCGCAAGAUUGGGCCUAACGAUGUUGUUGAUUCUGAUGGAGAGCCAAAGGACGAGAUUAUUGGUCAUAUCACUCCUUGCUACCACAUCAUCUGCACAACUUGUAUUGAUCGUUACAAGACUCAGAUGGAGGAAAUUGCAGGAGGUCAACCCGAGAUCAGUUGCCCAAUCUGCCAGCAACAUAUCAAGCUUUCUUACUUCCCUCUCCGACAAGGAGGUGUAGAGGAUGAGGAGGACAGCCGCAAGAUCUCCAAGGAUAAUGCGAGGCACGGCAAGGAUCUCGGAAACUACAGCGGCCCACAUACCAAGACUAAAGCAUUGAUUAACGAUCUGCUUAUAAAUCAGCAAGAAUCAGAGCUGAUGCCCAACGAGCCUCCAAUAAAAAGCGUGGUCUUCUCGGGCUGGACAGCGCAUCUGGAUCUCAUUCAACUUGCACUCUCCGAAAACGGCAUCAAAUAUACCCGUUUGGACGGAAAGAUGUCUCGAACCGCUCGUGGCGCUGCCCUCGACGUAUUCCGUGAUGAUUCAUCCAUCAUUGUCAUACUCGUCUCCAUCACCGCCGGUGGUCUCGGUCUCAAUCUCACAACGGCAAACAAGGUCUAUGUAAUGGAACCACAGUAUAACCCAGCAGCCGAGGCUCAAGCAGUCGACCGAGUUCACCGCCUGGGACAGAAGCGAGAAGUCGAGACAGUGCGGUACAUCAUGAAGGACAGUUUCGAAGAGAAGAUGUUAGAGCUGCAGGACAAGAAGAAGAAGCUGGCGAGCUUGAGCAUGGAUAAUGAAGGAAGAUCACGCAUGGACAAGACGGAGGCCGCGAGGAAGAGAUUAGAGGAUUUGCGGAGCUUGUUCAAGUAAUUAUUUCAUUGUAUGGUGUGUGAUUAGGGGAUCUGGCGUCUCGAGAGGAGCAUGGAAAUGGAGUUAUGGUUCUUAGGGACAUGGGAGGUACAUAUUACCGGUCGACAUUGCAACGGUCUUUGCGGUUAUCAGCAUUUAUGACUGGUGAUUUCAAGGAUGGUCCUGGCGACCUGGCAUACAGCUUUUCAAGCUUUCCUUUUCCUUUUAGCGGUCACUAAAGGAGAUCAUUUUGUUGGAGUAUACACUAGAGGAUACAGCUUCAUCUCACGCAUGAACAUGGUGCACAUGAGGUAGAUGAAGACACAUAUUUCGAGGCGCAUGGGGAGAAUUCAUUCGAGAUGAAUGAAACUUCAAAACAAUAUGCAUUUGCUUGUGACUUGCC